CAAAUUUGAAAGUGCUUAAUGGAGCGAAAUCUGGGUUUUCUACAAACUUGCAGAAUUGAUCCAUCUCGACCUAGCGUAACAGAACGCUAUUUCAAAUCAAAAAUUAUUCCAGAAACUAAUCAAUGCAUUCUUGUUCAUUCCAAUCGCCUUUCUAUUAUUACUCUGUCUCCAAAUCAUCCAAUACUGACUGAAAAUCUGGAUUUAUUAUCUAUAAAUUUUGAUACAGUGGGUAAUAUUAAUCGCUUAUCAAAUAAAGUCUCUGGAAAAUUUAAGAAAGGUGGUCAAAAGCUAAAAGAAAAGUCAGUUUUAUGUUCUGUAAAAUGUAGUAAUAACUGUGAAUAUACCCUUUAUAGCUGUGUUUCUGGAACUCUUAUAGAAGUAAAUGAAAGACUUAUAAGAGAGCCCAAUAUUCUGAAGAAAAAACCAUGGAGUGAAGGUUAUAUUGCCAUUAUUUUACCCCCUUUUCAGUCUGCUGAAAAAUUAUUAAAAAAAAAUAUGUGCUAAUAAAAAUAGAUUGUUAAUUAAAGGAUUUGUAUAUUGAGUAAAAUCUCGGAUUUCUAUGAAUCGUUAAAAAUUGUUUUCCAAAUUUGUCUCUAAAUUUUGAUCUAAGAUGAACACAAUAUUUUACAAAGUACAUCAAUAUUGAUAUUGUAUGACGAGUUAAUUUGAAACAAUUAAAUUGAAGAAAUAGUUUUCAUUAUUCUAAUAAAAGUAUUCUGUAUUAAUUUUAUAGUAAAGUUAUUUUAUACAUUUUUUUUUUUACUAUCUUUAGAAAGAUCUGUGAAUUUCAGAAUGUUACAAGGAUAAUAUAUUUAAUAAAGUCAUUGAGACUUGUAA